UCGUGUUCGACGAGAGGGAUUCCAUCCCACCGUCGAUUUCCCGCCUCUUCCUCAUCGGUCGGUUUUUGGUGGGGUUCGCUUGUUGAUUGGCACGGUUGGCGGCGUUGGUUGGUGGCUUGAUUGGUGUCGCUGACGGCGGGUGAUUGACUUGUGGAUUGGAUCGGCCGACGGUGGGUGAUUGGAUUUGGUUGAUUAGCUUCCUUGCAGUUUCGGCGAUGGCGUCGUUGAUGGCGACGGGGAGUGUGUGCGCGGUAAGCAGCAUGAGCGCCGCCGCCUCAUUAGGUCGGGUUUCCCGCCUCCUGGAGGGCUCGUCUGCAUCGUCUUCCUCUCCCAUCAAUAUGCUGGCGGGAGCUAGACUGACCGGGCGGUCAGCAGUUCGAAGAGCGGGAUUCGCCGGCAUCAGGGCGCAAGCAGGAGAGACUGAGGCAUCCACAGCGACGGCAGCAUCUCAUAUCAACCCUGGAAUUCGCAAGGAGGAGCCUAAGGUCGUUGACAGCGUUGUUGCGUCUGAACUCGACAAACCGCUUGUUGCGUAUUGCCGCUGCUGGCGAUCGGAGAAGUUUCCCCUUUGCGAUGGCGCCCAUGCCAAGUUUAAUAAGGAAACUGGGGACAAUGUCGGGCCUUUGCUGGUGAAGAAAUAGUAGGAAAAAGGGGGUCAGAGAGGGAUGCAGGGAGGAGAGAAGUAGUCUGUGUGCCCCUGUUAAGGUUUUACGCAGCUUGCGCGAACAAUGGCGGGUGAAGAUAGGAACGUAAGAAUCGUACCGUAGAGAGAAGUACCCUAGGCCCGUAAGAAUCAUACCGUAGAGAGAAGUACCCUAGGCCGGUUUUCAAAAGAAAAAAGAAAAGAAAAGAAGAGAUAAAAAAGGAGUAGAGAGAAAGAAGCAGGGAGAAAAGGAGUCGGAAAGAAGGUUGGG